AUGGCUCAGUCCCUCGCCGCAGCUGGGCACAACCUUGAACGGCGCACCGUUGUGUCGGUCCUCCUGUUCCCUCAUCAACCAUACGCGUCCAAGCCAUACAGGGUCCUCCUGUUCCGCCGCUCCGACAAGGUCAGUACAUAUCGGAGGAAGCUUGCGCCCAUUGCCGGCUCGAUCGAGACUUAUGACAAGUCUCCCUUGGAUGCAGCUUGGCGAGAACUGAAAGAAGAGACUUCAUUCGGACCUCAGCAGAUCGAGCUGUGGAGACGAGGGGCUGGCUUUGAGUUUACCGACCAAAAGGCUGUGGUUAUUGGCGAAAGUGAGCACCAGGUCAAGGGACGCAUCUGGAAAGUCUGGCCGUUUGCGUUUCGCUUGACCAAAGAAACGGUCGACAAUGACAACGACACGGAGAAGCUGGGGGUCCAGAUGAACUUUGAGCAUCUGGGUUUCCAGUGGCAGAAUGUUGACGACAUCCUCAGUGGCAAGAUACUGGAUGACUGCGUGCCCAGACUAGAAGUCACGCUCGGCCAGGUCUGGGUAGAUCCCAACAGCAUAUUGCAUCAAGGGCUCGAGGAGCUCCGGCUCGACCAUUCACAUGGCGCAAGAGAACUGGCCACCAUGGCUUUGAAGUCUCUGAUCAAGAUCGUUGAAUAUGACCAACAAACGCAGCAAUACAGAGACUUCGAUGAGUGGUGGAAGACUUUUCAACGACAGGCAUUCCAUCUCGCCUUCAAUGGGCGGCCAAGCAUGGCGGCGGCGAUAUCCAAUGCCAUUGCCACAGCGUUGAAACAGGCCAAGGCCCAAGUUGGACCCCAGUCGACUGAUUUUCUCGAGAAAGUCAGACAAAGCCUUGCAGCGUCCGUCACUCGGCGAGGUGAGAUCUCCAAACAAGUGAGUCACCAGUUCUCGAAAUUCUUGCAGGACAAGUUUCGGUCAAGUGCUCAGAGCCAGACAGGCGAGCAGACACGGAUCAAAAUUCUGACCCUGAGUUCAUCCUCGACCAUCAAAGCCGCGAUCUUACAUGCGCUCGACGCGGACGAGUCCUUAUCAAUAGAACUUCGCAUCCUCGAAUCGCGCCCACUGAAUGAAGGCGUGAGCUUUGCCAAGGUCUUGACGGAAGAAGCCCAGAGACGCCACGAUUCCGGAGCCACGGGGCCCCUCAUUGACGAUCGCCUGCGGGUAGUUCUAGCGAGUGACGCCUCGGUGGGGAUACUGGCCAAGGACGUCGACCUGGUCAUUAUCGGCGCCGACCGGAUCUCGGAAGCCGGAGACGUGAGCAACAAGACUGGCUCUUUGGGCGCCGCUCUGGUCAGCCAAGCCGUCACGGAUGGCAAGGCCGCCGUAGUGUGUAUCAGUGAGAGUGAGAAGAUUGCAUAUCCGGGAGCGGUGGAAGAUCACCCGGAAGAGGACAACGAGGCGUCGGAGCUUACUAGGAGCUGGGAUCUACAACCACCCUCUUCCCCCUUGUGGAACAAGAUGGUGACUGUGCGCAACGUCUACUUUGAAUGGGUGCCCGCGACGCAUAUUGACUAUUAUGUCUGUGAGGACGGCACGCUGUCAAGACAGGAUAUCCACCAGAGGUCGAAGCUGGUGUCUGACGUGAUGAACGAGGUUUUCACGGUUGAGCAGGGAACGAAUAUAUCAGAGGCGUCAUCAGGUCGUUGA